CACCGUCGUCCAAAGGUGUCAGGUGGAGCGACGAAGAUCCGUCUCGAAAUAAUUCAAGGGCUAAAUCACAUAAAGUUCCCUACGGCAAGGGCGAAGAAGAGGAGAGAGAACCCAGGAUCCUUGGAAAUCCUAGCUCCCUUUCCCAAACUGUAGAUCUCGACGACGAUGGUCGGAACCCUAGCGGCCCUCCAAGAUCAUCUCAAGCUAGCGAGGGAGUACGCUCUCGAAGGCCUCUAUGAGACCUCCAUCAUCUUUUUCGACGGUGCCAUCGCUCAGAUCAACAAGCAUCUCAGCACUCUGGAUGAUGCCAUCAUUCGUUCAAAAUGGAUGAACUGCAAGAAAGCCAUUUUUGAGGAAAUAGACAUUGUCAAACAGUUGGAUGCUGAGUUAAGGGCUUUCAAGGAAAUUCCAGGGUCCAACCGGUCCUUUUCGCCUCCUAUACCUACAAAAUCUUUUGUUUUCCAACCAUUAGAUGAAUAUCCAACUUCCUCAUGUGCCCCUAUGGAUGAUCCUGAUGUUUGGAGACCACCUAGCCGAGAUCCACAGGGCAGAAGAUCCACGAGAGCUGGGCAAGCAGGUAUGAGAAAAUCCUCCCAAGAUGCAACAUGGGCACAUGGUUCAUCUAGGGCUGGAACAGUCAGACGUGGGGCAAAGUCAAAUGCCAAUAAAAGUAGUUCGGGUGUCAGAUCAUCAGCAUCAUCUGGACUGUCGGGGAAGAAAGGCAAAUCAAGCUCUAGCAAGGCAGAUUCACAGAGUGGUGAUGCAGAGGAAGGAAAGCCAAAAAGGGGACAAUAUGAAGGACCUGAUACAGACUUGGCUGCAAUGCUAGAAAGGGAUGUCUUGGAGACUAGCCCUGGUGUAAGGUGGGAUGAUGUUGCAGGGCUCAGUGAAGCCAAAAGACUUUUAGAGGAAGCUGUUGUUCUUCCAUUAUGGAUGCCCGAAUAUUUUCAGGGCAUUCGUCGACCAUGGAAAGGCGUUCUUAUGUUUGGUCCACCUGGUACUGGAAAGACACUUUUGGCUAAGGCUGUAGCGACCGAAUGUGGAACAACAUUUUUCAAUGUUUCUUCUGCUACAUUGGCUUCCAAAUGGCGUGGAGAGAGUGAGCGCAUGGUUCGCUGCCUGUUUGAUCUUGCUAGAGCUUAUGCUCCAAGUACAAUUUUCAUUGAUGAAAUCGAUUCUCUUUGCACUUCUCGGGGAGCUUCAGGUGAGCAUGAAUCAUCCAGAAGGGUGAAAUCUGAACUUCUAGUGCAAGUGGAUGGUGUCAACAACAGCUCUACUGGUGAAGAUGGUCAACGCAAAAUAGUGAUGGUCUUGGCUGCUACAAACUUUCCAUGGGACAUAGAUGAAGCACUUAGGAGACGGCUGGAAAAAAGGAUAUACAUACCUCUUCCCAAUUUUGAGAGUCGAAAAGAGCUUAUCAAGAUUAAUCUAAGAACCGUUGAGGUAGCUCCAGAUGUAGACAUUGACAAAGUAGCUCGCCGAACUGAGGGUUAUAGUGGAGACGAUCUCACAAAUGUCUGCCGAGAUGCUUCGUUGAAUGGCAUGAGGCGAAAAAUUGCAGGCAAGACAAGGGAUGAGAUCAAGAACAUGUCCAAGGAUGAGAUCUCAAAUGACCCUGUGGCCAUGUGUGACUUUGAUGAAGCUCUGAGCAAGGUCCAGAGAAGUGUUUCUGCUGCUGAUAUUGAGCGCCAUGAGAAGUGGUUUGCAGAGUUUGGAUCAGCGUAAACUCACGAAUUUAUGAGGAAGGUUGAUUCAUUUGUCAAAAUUGAUGGGUUUCUCUGCACGACUAUAUUUUUCUUAGAGCCUAUGUCUUGCUACUUUGCUAUCAAUGCUUGGAAAAAUAGGAUGCCAUUGUUUGGUCUUUAUAUUGUUGGGACUAUGCUUGUGCCAAUGUAAAUUAUUAAAACUGUUAUGUUGAAUGCUUCUUGCACUUGUUGUAAUCCUAAGUGACUGAAGGUGCUUAAAACUAUUCCACGUAGUCUUCUUA